AGGAGCAGCCACAACAUAGCGACAUAGGGAACAGCUGGACUCCGAGAUGAAGACGUUCGAGAUGCUUGUCCUCUGUGUCACUUUGACCUUCAUGUUACUGGGCAGCGUGGAGGGUGAUGGUGAAACCACUCCACCACAGAGUUCUACUACUCCUCCUCCAACAACUCCUACUACUCCUCCUCCUACUACAACAACUCCUACUACUCCUAUCCCUACUGCUACAACAGCUCCUACUACUCCUAUGCCUACUGCUACAACAACUCCUACUACUUCUAUCCAUACUGCAACUACUCCUACCCCUGGAUCCACAGCGCCCACGACUGGGAACGUCACUGCAACAACGGCAACUACACCGUAUAACAGAGGGUGUGGAGUCUUUGGCUACUACAGUCAACUUCUGGUGCCGACCAUCGCCGUACUGAUCUACAGUACCUCAGGCUGAACAUGUACACCCAAGAGACACUGCAGUGCUUUAAGUCUUAAUCUUAUUUUAAAUGAUAAGUCUAUGUUAAUGUUUGAUUUUUAUUUAAGGGUUCCAAAUGUCAUACAUUAAGCACUUAAAUGCAACACGCAUUGUUUGCACUGAACUGCUUCACAAAAUCUCUUUGCAUACAUGACUUCAAAAUGUAAGUGACUAUUUGAACCAAAUAAAAUUGGAAUUUCACAGGCAUUAGAA